AUGGAUUGCCAUAUUGAUCAUUUAGCUAUUAACACUAUUCGUUGCCUUGCUGCUGAUGUAGUUAAGGGAGCUAACUCAGGUCAUCCUGGCGCUCCAAUGGGUUGUGCUCCAAUAGCACACGUCUUAUUCACCAAGUUUUUAAAUUUUAAUCCUAAAAAUCCAAAGUUCAUUAAUCGAGAUCGCUUUGUGCUUUCUAAUGGUCAUGCAUGUGCUCUUCAUUAUAUCAUGCUUCAUUUAUCUGGUUAUGAUCUUUCAAUGGAUGAUUUAAAGCAGUUUCGUCAACUUGGUUCCAAAACACCCGGUCAUCCUGAAGUAAGUGAUACUCCUGGUAUUGAAGUAACAACUGGUCCCUUAGGUCAAGGUAUUGCUAAUGCUGUUGGUUUAGCUGCAGCCGAAGCCCAUUUAGCAGCUACGUAUAAUCGUCCAGGAUUUAAACUCUUUAACCGUCAUGUUUAUGCUAUUUUUGGUGAUGGCUGUUAUCAAGAAGGUAUCUCACAUGAAGCAUUUUCUCUUGCAGGUCACUGGAAACUUGGUCAAUUGAUCGCAAUUUAUGAUUACAAUAAAAUCACUAUUGAUGGUCCUACCGAUAUUUCCUCCUCAGAGGAUGUUAUCCAACGUUUCCAAUCUUAUGGUUGGCAUGUACUUGUUGUUGAAAAUGGAGAUGAAGACCUUGCUGCCAUUGAAAGGGCUAUUGAAGAGGCUAAGGCUGUUACUGAUAAGCCUACACUUAUUAAAGUCAAUACGACAAUUGGUUUUGGAUCUUUAAAUCAAGGUAAAGAAAAUGUUCACGGUGCUCCUCUUUCAGAUAAUGAUAUCAAGCAGUUGAAAAAAAAAUUUGGCUUCAGUGAAGAAAAAAAAUACAUUGUUCCUCAAGAGGUCUAUAAUUUAUAUAAAGCUCGUGCGGAAUAUGGAGCUCAGGUUGAAGCAAAAUGGAACGCCUUGUUUGCAGAGUACAAGAUUCGAUUCCCAAAAGAAGGAACUGAGCUUGAACGUCGCUUUUCUGGUCAAUUACCUGUAGGCUGGGAAGCUGCUCUUCCUCGUUUUACUCCCUCAGAUCCUGCUAUCGCCACUCGAAAGUUAUCUGAAGGUGUCUUAACUGCGCUUUCAACUGUUAUUCCUGAAUUAUUGGGUGGUUCUGCUGAUCUAACAAGCUCGAACUUGACGCGUUGGAAGAACGCAAUUGAUUUCCAACAUCCAUCCACUCAACUUGGUGAUUAUUCGGGCCGCUACUUCCGCUAUGGUGUUCGUGAACAUGGUAUGUUUGCCAUUAUGAAUGGUUUAACUGCUUUUGGAGGUAAUAUUCCUUACGGUGGCACAUUUUUAAAUUUCCUUACAUAUGGAUGGGGAGCUGCUCGUCUUUCAGCUUUAUCGCAUUUCCGAGUUCUCUAUGUUAUGACACAUGAUUCAAUUGGUCUUGGUGAAGAUGGCUCUACUCAUCAGCCUAUUGAGACUUUGGUCUUGACUCGUGCUACACCCAACAUGCUUACCUUCCGUCCUGCUGAUGGUAAUGAAGUUUCUGGUACCUAUUUAGUUGCUCUUAAAAAUCAACAUCGACCCUCUGUGAUUGCACUUAGUCGUCAAAACCUACCUCAAUUAGAAGGAACCUCUGUUGAAGCUAUACAACGUGGAGGAUACGUCCUUCAGGAUACUCAAGACCUUCCUCAAUUAAUCUUAAUUGCUACAGGUUCUGAAGUCUCCUUAGCUGUAGAUGCUGCCAAGGAACUUAAUAAUGAAGGAAUUCAGACCCGCGUUGUCUCCAUGCCUUGUACUGAACUCUUUGAUGAACAGUCCGAUGAAUACAAGAAGAGUGUUCUCUUGAAUGGUGUUCCCAUUAUUUCUAUUGAAGCCCUUAGUGUGACUGGAUGGGAGAAAUAUGCUCAUGCACAUAUUGGUAUGAAAUCAUUCGGAGCCUCUGCUCCUAUUAACGCCUUAUAUGAAACAUUUGGUAUCACUGUAGAUGCAACUGUAGCUAAAGCAAAGAAGGUUAUUAAAUAUUAUCAAAAGAUGGGUUAUGUUCCUGAAGUUGGACUUGAUUUUUAA